CCGGCGGAGCCGGCCCAAGUCCCCGGCCCCGGCCGCUGAGUGUGGGCGAGGAUGCGCCCGGGCGGGCGGCGGGCGCAGGGCCGGGAGGGCGGCGGCAGCGGCGGCCCGCCGAGUCCAGUCCGCGUUUUGCGAGUGCACACGAGUAAUCAGAGAGAAGUGGAUAAUAGUUGCUCGGGCUUGCUCGGCUCCCUCUCAUGCCGUGCUGGGCCCGAUCGGCUCAGCCAGUCGUGUAUUUACCCAUAUCCGGGUUAGAGAGGAAAAAAGUUUUCAUUUAAACCUGAACUCAAAACUUUCACCGUGAAAUCACACAGCGGGAGCAGGCCCAGACCGUAAGGCGUGACUCCCGGUUCCGCUCCGGCGGGGCCUUCGGAGGGGGAGGGGGCUCGCUCGAUCCCCUUCGGGGCGUGUGGAUGCGCACAGGAGGGGCCGCGGACUAAAAAGUGGGUUUUAUUGUCUCCCCCCGCCCCCCGCCCGGCCUCGCCACGCCGCGGCGAUCAUGGCCGCGCGGGCAGCAGCGGCAGCGUCGCGGGCGGGCAGCGGCGAGCGGCGGGCGCCCCCCGGGCCGCGGCCGGCGCCCGGGGCCCGGGACCUGGAGGCGGGGACGCGCGGCGCUGCAGCGGCGGCCCCGGGACCCAUGCUGGGGGGCAGCGGCGGCGACGGCCUGAACAGUGUGCACCACCACCCCCUGCACCCCCGGCACGAACUGAACAUGGCCCAUCACGCGAGCGCGGCCGCCGCCGCCAGUUCUAACAGCGCCAAGAGCGGCGGAUCCGAGGCGGCUCUCAAGGAGGGUGGAAGCGCCGCCGCGCUGUCCUCCGCCUCCUCCGCGGCGUCCUCCUCUUCCUCCGCGUCGGGCCCAGGCUCGGCCAUGGAGACGGGGCUGCUCCCCAACCACACACUGAAAACCGUUGGCGAGGCCCCCUCCGCGCCGCCCCACCAGCAGCACCACCACCACCAUGCCCACCACCACCACCACCAUGCCCACCACCUCCACCACCACCACCACGCACUACAGCAGCAGCUAAACCAGUUCCAGCAGCAGCAGCAGCAACAGCAGCAGCAACAUCCCAUUUCCAACAACAACAGCCUCGGCGGCGCGGGCGGCGGCGCGGCUCAGCCCGGUCCCGACAUGGAGCAGCCGCAACAUGGAGGCGCCAAGGACAGUGCCGCGGGCAGCCAGGCCGACCCCCCAGGCCAGCCUCUGCUGAGCAAGCCGGGCGAGGAGGACGACGCGCCGCCCAAGAUGGGGGAGCCGGCGGGCGGCCGGUACGAGCACCCGGGCCUGGGCGCCCUGGGUGCGCAGCAGCCGCCGCCAGUCGCCGUGCCCGGGGGCGGCGGCAGCGGCGGCGGCCCGGCGGCCGUCUCCGAGUUUAAUAAUUACUAUGGCAGCGCUGCCCCUGCAAGCGGCGGCCCCGGCGGCCGCGCCGGGCCUUGCUUUGAUCAACAUGGCGGACAACAAAGCCCCGGGAUGGGGAUGAUGCACUCAGCCUCAGCCGCCGCCGGAGCCCCCAGCAGCAUGGACCCCCUGCAGAACUCCCACGAAGGGUACCCCAACAGCCAGUACAACCAUUAUCCGGGCUACAGCCGGCCCGGCGCGGGCGGCGGCGGAGGCGGAGGCGGAGGAGGAGGAGGAGGAGGCAGCGGAGGAGGAGGAGGAGGAGGAGGAGCAGGAGCGGGAGCUGUGGCGGCGGCGGCCGCGGCGGCGGCAGCAGCAGCAGGAGGCGGCGGUGGCGGCUAUGGGGGCUCGUCCUCGGGGUACGGGGUGCUGAACUCCCCCCGGCAGCAGGGCGGCGGCAUGAUGAUGGGCCCCGGGGGCGGCGGGGCCGCGAGCCUCAGCAAGGCGGCCGCCGGCGCAGCGGCAGGGGGCUUCCAGCGCUUCGCCGGACAGAACCAGCACCCGUCGGGGGCCACCCCGACCCUCAACCAGCUGCUCACCUCGCCCAGCCCCAUGAUGAGGAGCUACAGCGGCAGCUACCCCGACUACAGCAGCCCCAGCGCGCCGCCGCCGCCGUCGCAGCCACAGUCCCAGGCGGCGGCGGGGGCGGCGGCGGGCGGCCAGCAGGCGGCCGCGGGCAUGGGCUUGGGCAAGGACAUGGGCGCCCAGUACGCCGCUGCCAGCCCGGCCUGGGCGGCCGCGCAACAAAGGAGCCACCCGGCGAUGAGCCCCGGCACCCCCGGCCCCACCAUGGGCAGAUCCCAGGGCAGCCCCAUGGACCCCAUGGUGAUGAAGAGGCCUCAGUUGUAUGGGAUGGGCAGCAACCCUCAUUCCCAGCCUCAGCAGAGCAGCCCGUACGCUGGAGGUUCCUACGGCGCCCCCGGCCCGCAGCGGUACCCUAUGGGCGUCCAAGGCCGGACCCCGGGGGCCAUGGGAGGAAUGCAGUACCCACAGCAGCAGAUGCCUCCGCAGUAUGGACAACAAGGUGUGAGCGGUUACUGCCAGCAGGGCCAGCAGCCUUAUUACAACCAGCAGCCGCAGCCUCCGCACCUCCCCCCGCAGGCUCAGUAUCUGCCGUCGCAGUCCCAGCAGAGGUACCAGCCGCAGCAGGACAUGGCUCAGGAAGGCUACGGAACUCGGUCUCAACCUCCUAUGGCUCCUGGGAAGCCUAACCACGAAGACUUGAACCUGAUACAACAAGAAAGACCGUCAAGUUUACCAGUUGAAGUCUUGCCCUCGGAGGAUACUGCCUUUGGACUCAAGGACCUGUCUGGCUCCAUCGAUGACCUCCCCACGGGAACUGAGGCCACCCUGAGCUCAGCAGUCAGUGCGUCCGGGUCCACGAGCAGCCAGGGGGACCAGAGCAACCCGGCCCAGUCGCCUUUCUCUCCACACGCGUCCCCGCAUCUCUCCAGCAUCCCCGGGGGCCCGUCACCUUCUCCAGUUGGCUCCCCCGUGGGAAGCAACCAGUCGCGGUCGGGCCCGAUCUCCCCCGCGAGUAUUCCAGGCAGUCAGAUGCCUCCGCAGCCGCCCGGGAGCCAGGCCGAGCCGAGUGCCCAUCCCGCCCUGAGCCAGUCCCCAAUGCCACAGGAACGAGGUUUUAUGGCAGGCACACAAAGAAACCCUCAAAUGUCUCAAUAUGGACCUCAACAGACAGGACCAUCCAUGUCGCCUCAUCCUUCUCCUGGAGGCCAGAUGCAUCCCGGAAUCGGUAGCUUUCAGCAGAGUAACUCGGGUGGGACUUACGGUCCACAGCUGAGCCAGUAUGGACCACAAGGUAACUACUCCAGACCCUCAGCGUAUAGUGGGGUGCCCGGUGCAAGCUACAGUGGCCCAGGGCCUGGCGUGGGCAUCAAUGCCAACAACCAGAUGCAUGGACCAGGGCCAGGCCAGCCAUGUGGCGCUGUGCCCCUGGGACGAAUGCCAUCAGCUGGGAUGCAGAGCAGACCGUUUCCUGGAAAUAUGAGCAGCAUGACCCCCAGUUCUCCUGGCAUGUCUCAGCAGGGCGGGCCAGGAAUGGGGCCACCAAUGCCAACCGUGAACCGUAAGGCACAGGAGGCAGCUGCCGCAGUGAUGCAGGCCGCUGCAAACUCAGCACAAAGCAGGCCACCAUACGUUAGGUCGCCUGCUUAUCCCAGCCAGUCUGGGGCUGGCGGACGCCCCAUGUUUUCUUCCCAGCACCCCAACUAUGGCAACUCUCAGGCUCCCAUGAUGCACCAGCCUGACCAGUACGGGCAAGGCAGCUUUCCGGGCAUGAAUCCGAGCGGGCUCGUGGCUUCCAGCUCUCCCUACAGCCAGCCCAUGAACAACAGCUCUGGGCUGAUGAACACCCAGGCGCCGCCCUACAGCAUGACGCCCAACAUGGUGAACAGCUCCACAGCAUCUAUGGGUCUUGCAGAUAUGAUGUCUCCUGGUGAAUCCAAGCUGCCCCUGCCUCUCAAGACAGACGGUAAAGAAGAAGGCACUCCACAGCCUGAGAGCAAGGCGAAGGAUAGCUACAGCUCUCAGGGUAUUUCUCAGCCCCCAACCCCCGGCAACCCGCCCGUCCCUUCCCCAAUGUCCCCCAGCUCUGCUAGCAUCUCCUCCUUUCACGGAGAUGAAAGCGAUAGCAUUGGCAGCCCAGGCUGGCCAAAGACUCCGUCAAGCCCUAAGUCCAGCUCCUCCUCUACCACCGGGGAGAAGAUCACAAAGGUGUACGAGUUGGGGAACGAGCCCGAGAGAAAGCUGUGGGUCGACCGCUACCUUACCUUCAUGGAGGAGAGGGGCUCCCCCGUCUCCAGCCUGCCUGCCGUGGGCAAGAAGCCCCUGGACCUGUUCCGACUCUAUGUCUGUGUCAAAGAGAUCGGAGGUUUGGCCCAGGUUAAUAAAAACAAAAAGUGGCGUGAGCUGGCAACCAACCUGAAUGUCGGCACAUCGAGCAGCGCAGCGAGCUCCCUGAAGAAGCAGUACAUCCAGUACCUGUUCGCCUUCGAGUGCAAGACCGAGCGUGGGGAGGAGCCACCGCCCGAAGUCUUCAGCACCGGGGAGACCAAGAAGCAGCCCAAGCUGCAGCCGCCAUCUCCUGCUAACUCAGGAUCCUUGCAAGGUCCACAGACCCCCCAGUCAACUGGCAGUAAUUCGAUGGCAGAGGUUCCGGGUGACCUGAAGCCGCCUACUCCAGCCUCCACCCCUCAUGGACAGAUGACCCCAAUGCAAGGUGGCAGAAGCAGUACAGUCAGUGUGCACGACCCCUUCUCGGACGCGAGUGACUCCUCGUUCCCCAAACGGAACUCCAUGACCCCGAGCACCCCGUACCAGCAGGGCCUGAGCAUGCCCGACGUGAUGGGCAGGGUGCCCUAUGAACCCAACAAGGACCCCUUCGGGGGAAUGAGAAAAGUGCCUGGAGGCAGUGAGCCCUUCAUGACGCAAGGGCCGAUGCCCACGAGCAGCAUGCAGGACAUGUACAACCAGAGCCCCUCCGGAGCCAUGUCCAGUCUGGGCAUGGGGCAGCGGCAGCAGUUUCCCUAUGGAACCACCUACGAUCGGAGGCAUGAGCCUUACGGGCAGCAGUACCCAGGCCAAGGCCCCCCCUCGGGACAGCCGCCGUAUGGAGGACACCAGCCGGGCCUGUACCCGCAGCAGCCGAAUUACAAACGCCAUAUGGACGGCAUGUACGGGCCUCCAGCCAAACGCCACGAGGGGGACAUGUACAACAUGCAGUACAGCAACCAGCAGCAGGAGAUGUACAACCAGUACGGAGGCUCCUACUCGGGCCCGGACCGGAGGCCCAUGCAGGGCCAGUACCCAUACCCGUACAACCGGGAGAGGAUGCAGGGCCCGGGCCAGAUCCAGCCGCACGCCAUGCCCCCGCAGAUGAUGGGCGGCCCCAUGCCAUCGGCCUCCGGCGAGGGGCCCCCGCAGAGUAUGUGGGCGGCUCGGAACGACAUGCCUUACCCCUACCAGAACCGGCAGGGCCCCGGUGGCCCCGCACAGACACCGCCGUACCCCAGCAUGAACCGCUCGGACGACAUGAUGGUCCCUGACCAGAGGAUCAAUCACGAGAGCCCGUGGCCUUCCCACGUCAGCCAGCGUCAGCCUUACAUGUCCUCCUCCGCCUCCAUGCAGCCCAUCACGCGCCCACCGCAGUCGUCCUACCAGACGCCACCCUCGCUGCCAAACCACAUCUCCAGAGCACCCAGUCCCGCGUCCUUCCCGCGCUCCCUCGAGAGCCGCAUGUCGCCCAGCAAGUCUCCCUUCCUGCCCUCCAUGAAGAUGCAGAAGGUCAUGCCCACCGUGCCCACGUCCCAGGUGGCCGGGCCGCCGCCCCAGCCGCCCCCAAUCCGGAGGGAGAUCACCUUCCCUCCUGGCUCCGUGGAAGCAUCACAGCCGGUCUUGAAACAAAGGCGAAAGAUUACCUCAAAGGACAUCGUGACUCCGGAAGCAUGGCGUGUGAUGAUGUCCCUGAAGUCAGGUCUUCUGGCCGAAAGCACGUGGGCUUUGGACACCAUCAACAUCCUCCUGUAUGACGACAGCACCGUCGCUACGUUCAAUCUCUCGCAGUUGUCCGGAUUUCUCGAACUUUUAGUAGAGUACUUUAGAAAAUGCCUGAUUGACAUUUUUGGAAUUCUUAUGGAAUAUGAAGUGGGAGACCCCAGCCAAAAAGCACUGCAGAGCGCAAUGAAGAGAGAUGAUGGCCAGGCCUCGGCCGACGAUUCUGGGAAGGAGGAGGAAGAUGCCGAAUGUACAGGGGACGAAGGCGACGAGGAGGAGGAAGAGGAGGAGGAGGAGGAAGACAGUGGGAAGACAGAGACGGAGGAGAAGAGCGGCUCGGCCCUGACUCCUCCCGACGCCACUGCAGAUCCAAAGGAGAAGCCCAGGCAAGCCAGCAAGUUUGACAAGCUGCCAAUCAAGAUCGUCAAAAAGAACAACCUGUUUGUCGUUGACCGAUCCAACAAGCUGGGUCGGGUUCAGGAGUUCACCAGUGGCCUCCUGCACUGGCAGCUGGGCGGCGGGGACACCACCGAGCACAUCCAGACUCACUUUGAGAGCAAGAUGGAAAUUCCUCCACGCAGGCGCCCUCCUCCUGCUCUGAGCUCCACAGGCCGAAAGAAAGAGCUAGAAGGAAGAGGGGACGUGGAAGAGCAGCAAGAGAGAAGCAUCAUUGCCACCAUCGACGACGUCCUGUCUGCCCGGCCGGGGGCACUGCCCGAAGACGCCAACCCUGGGGCGCAGGCGGAGAGCAGCAAGUUCCCCUUCGGUAUCCACCAGGCCAAGAGCCACCGGAACAUCAAGCUGCUGGAGGACGAGCCCCGGAGCCGUGACGAGACCCCGCUCUGCACCAUUGCGCACUGGCAGGACUCUCUGGCCAAGCGCUGUAUCUGUGUGUCAAACAUUGUCCGUAGCUUGUCUUUUGUGCCUGGCAACGAUGCCGAAAUGUCCAAACACCCAGGCUUGGUGCUGAUCCUAGGGAAGCUGAUUCUCCUUCACCACGAGCACCCAGAGAGGAAGCGCGCGCCGCAGACCUACGAGAAGGAGGAGGACGAGGACAAAGGGCUGGCCUGCAGCAAGGACGAGUGGUGGUGGGACUGCCUCGAGGUCCUGCGGGAUAACACGCUGGUCACGCUGGCCAACAUCUCCGGGCAGCUGGACUUGUCUGCCUACACGGAAAGCAUCUGCUUGCCGAUUUUGGAUGGCCUGCUGCACUGGAUGGUGUGCCCGUCUGCAGAGGCACAAGACCCCUUUCCAACGGUGGGACCCAACUCUGUCCUGUCGCCUCAGAGACUUGUGCUGGAGACCCUCUGUAAACUCAGUAUCCAGGACAACAAUGUGGACCUGAUCUUGGCCACGCCUCCAUUUAGUCGUCAGGAGAAAUUCUAUGCGACGUUAGUUAGGUACGUUGGGGACCGCAAAAACCCAGUCUGUCGAGAAAUGUCCAUGGCGCUCUUAUCGAACCUGGCCCAAGGGGACACGCUGGCGGCAAGGGCAAUAGCUGUGCAAAAAGGAAGCAUUGGAAACUUGAUAAGCUUCCUGGAGGAUGGGGUCACGAUGGCCCAGUAUCAGCAGAGCCAGCAUAACCUCAUGCACAUGCAGCCCCCGCCUCUGGAGCCACCAAGCGUGGACAUGAUGUGCAGGGCGGCCAAGGCGCUGUUGGCCAUGGCCAGGGUGGACGAGAACCGCUCGGAGUUCCUCCUGCACGAGGGCCGGUUGCUGGAUAUCUCGAUAUCUGCCGUCCUGAACUCUCUGGUUGCAUCUGUCAUCUGUGACGUACUGUUUCAGAUUGGGCAGUUAUGACAUCAGUGAGAAGCAGCAUGUGUGAGUGAAGACUAGAAGCUCCCGUGUAACUGGCUGUUUUCUGUUCUUGUUUAUCCAGCGUAGGAAGAAGGAAAAGAAAAUCUCUGCUCCUCUGCCCCAUUCACUAUUUACCAAUUGGGAAUUAAAGAAAUAAUUAAUUCGAACAGUUAUGAAAUUAAUAUUUGCUGUCUGUGUGUAUAAGUACAUCUGUUUGGGUUUUUUUAUUGUUUUUUUUUUUUUUAACCAAAGUUGCUGUCUAGUGCAUUCAAAGGUCACUUUUUGUUUUUCACAGCUUUUCUUUUUAUUGUUCUUUUCCAUGUUGUAUUGCAUUUUGGGGGAAGCAAAUUGACUUUAAAGAAAAAAGUUGUGGCAAAAGAUGCUGAGAUGGGAAAAUUCACCACACCGAGGCCAAAAGGUGGCAGAUCACCAAUAUCCCAGGCAUGUUAUACUUCGGAUAUGAAAUCAAAACUGUAUCCCAUCGCCCAAAGCUCUGUGCAAUAGAAACUUCUAGAGAUGUGUAGGUGUAGGGGCUCAAGGAGGUGUGUCAGUCGGUAGUCAGACUGUAUGACAUGAUACUGGUUUCUCCACAGGAAAAUGGUUACAUUAGGCGAGGAGCAAAAAUAACGUGUUUUUUUUUUUAAGAUUGAAAAUGCGUACCUGACAACGAUCAACGGAACUCGCUUCCUCUCCACUCCCGUCACGCCUGCUGUCUGUCGUGGGCCUUCCACAUGACAGUGCUUCACGGUUCCUUUAAUCAUUUUUUAAAUAUUUUUUUUUACUGCCUAUGGGCUGUGAUGUAUAUAGAAGUUGUACAUUAAACAUACCCUCAUUUUUUUUCUUUUCUUUUUUUCUUUUUUUUUUUUUUUUUUUAGUACAAAGUUUUUAGUUUCUUUUUCAUGAUGUGGUAACUACGAAGUGAUGGUAGAUUUUAAAUAAUUUUUUAUUUUUAUUUUAUAUAUUUUUUCAUUAGGGCCAUAUCUCCAAAAAAAAGGAAAAAAAUACAAAAAACAAAAACAAAAAAAAAGAGGGUAAUGUACAAGUUUCUGUAUGUAUAAAGUCAUGCUCUAUUUCGGGAGAGCAGCUGAUCACGAUUUGCUUCAUGAAUCAAGGUGUGAAAAUGGUUGCAUAUGGGUUGAUUCAGAAAAUGGUCACCAGUACAGACAAAAAAAAAUACAACUGCAAGGAAGAAACACAACUUCAAAGAUUUUUCAGUGAUGAGAAUCCACAUUUGUAUUUCAAGAUAAUGUAGUUUAAAAAAAAAGAGAGAGAAGAAGAAAUCUUGAUGUAAAUUCCUCCUUUUCCUCUGGCUUAAUGAAUAUCAUUUAUUCAGUAUAAAAUCUUUAUAUGUUCCACAUGUUAAGAAUAAAUGUACAUUAAAUCUUGUUAA